CAGCCUGCCGGCGCGACCGGCCUUCAUCGUCCCCUGGCGCCCUCCGAGACUUGCUAACGGGUGGACUGACCGACCGCCUGAGGACGGACGGCCGGGGCGGCGAAAGCGCCCGCCCCAUGGCGCGGGUCGCGUGAGGCGGAAGGCCGAGUGCGGCCGGCGGCGGCGGUGGCGCCUGCCCCAGCGAUGCGGGCCCCGCUCGUCGCCUCAGGUUCAUAACUCAUCACAUCAGUUAUGUUGGAUACUGCUGUACUGUGGUGCCGUAACUGAUUUGUCUUUCUCACUGUAAAACCUUCUCUUGGGCAGCCAUUGUAUCCUGUUUCUAUCUGCGUACCUAAAUCUUAGGACAAUGCCAGACGAAUAGUGCCAUUUGGAUAAUACUUUAGCGGCACAAUGUACUCUGAGUGGAGGUCGCUGCAUUUGGUGAUUCAGAAUGAUCAGGGCCAUACCAGUGUGCUGCACAGCUAUCCCGAGAGUGUUGGACGAGAGGUGGCAAAUGCAGUGGUCCGUCCUCUUGGGCAGGCCUUAGGGACCCCUUCGGUGGCUGGUAGUGAGUGUUUGUUAAAAACUGACAAAGAAGUAAAAUGGACCAUGGAAGUAAUUUGCUAUGGACUGACCCUUCCAUUGGAUGGAGAGACUGUAAAAUAUUGUGUUGAUGUGUAUACAGACUGGAUUAUGGCUUUAGUGUUGCCGAAAGAUUCUAUUCCAUUGCCAGUUAUUAAAGAGCCUAAUUUAUAUGUCCAAAGUAUACUAAAACAUCUGCAAAAUCUUUUUGUACCAAGACAGGAACAGGGCUCCAGUCAGAUCCGACUGUGCUUACAGGUCCUGCGAGCCAUCCAGAAACUGGCCCGUGAGUCAUCCAUCAUGGCCCGAGAAACCUGGGAAGUCUUACUGUUGUUUCUUCUGCAGAUUAAUGACAUACUGCUGGCUCCACCAACUAUUCAAGGUGGCAUUGCUGAGAAUCUAGCAGAGAAGUUGAUUGGUGUUCUGUUUGAGGUUUGGUUACUAGCUUGUACUCGGUGCUUCCCCACACCUCCUUAUUGGAAAACAGCCAAGGAGAUGGUGGCUAACUGGAGGCACCAUCCUGCAGUGGUGGAGCAGUGGAGCAAGGUCAUCUGUGCGCUCACUUCAAGAUUGCUACGCUUUACAUAUGGUCCUUCAUUCCCUCCAUUUAAAGUUCCUGAUGAAGAUGCCAGUCUGAUUCCUCCUGAAAUGGAUAAUGAGUGUGUUGCACAGACAUGGUUUCGCUUUUUACAUAUGUUAAGUAAUCCUGUGGAUUUGAGUAACCCAGCCAUUAUAAGCUCUACUCCCAAAUUUCAGGAACAGUUCUUGAAUGUGAGCGGAAUGCCUCAAGAAUUGAAUCAGUAUCCCUGCCUUAAGCAUCUGCCUCAAAUAUUUUUUCGUGCCAUGCGUGGAAUCAGCUGUCUAGUGGAUGCGUUCUUAGGCAUUUCUAGACCCCGAUCAGACAGUGCUCCCCCAACACCCGUGAAUAGAUUAAGUAUGCCUCAAAGCACUGCUGUCAAUACCACCCCACCACAUAACCGGAGGCACCGGGCUGUUACUGUGAAUAAGGCCACAAUGAAGACAAGCACAGUUAGUACUGCUCAUGCCUCGAAAGUUCAGCACCAGGCAUCCUCCACCUCUCCUCUGUCAAGUCCAAAUCAGACUAGUUCAGAACCCCGGCCACUGCCCGCCCCUCGGAGACCAAAGGUUAACAGCAUCUUGAAUCUCUUCGGAUCAUGGUUAUUUGAUGCAGCAUUUGUUCACUGUAAACUUCAUAAUGGGAUAAACAGAGACAGCAGCAUGACUGCCAUUACAACACAAGCUAGCAUGGAGUUUCGACGGAAGGGGUCACAAAUGUCCACAGACACCAUGGUUUCCAAUCCUAUGUUUGAUGCAAGUGAAUUUCCUGAUAACUAUGAAGCAGGAAGAGCUGAGGCUUGUGGGACACUAUGUAGGAUUUUUUGUAGCAAGAAGACUGGAGAAGAGAUUCUGCCAGCUUAUUUAUCCAGAUUUUACAUGCUUUUAAUUCAAGGUUUGCAGAUAAAUGAUUAUAUGUGCCAUCCUGUCUUGGCCAGCAUUAUUCUAAACUCCCCUCCUUUGUUCUGCUGUGACUUGAAAGGAAUUGAUGUUGUGGUUCCUUACUUUAUUUCAGCUCUUGAAACCAUUUUGCCUGACAGAGAACUCUCAAAAUUCAAAAGCUAUGUAAAUCCAACAGACUUGAGAAGAUCUUCCAUUAAUAUCCUACUUUCUUUAUUGCCCCUCCCUCAUCAUUUUGGCACAGUCAAAUCUGAGGUGGUCCUGGAAGGAAAGUUUAGUAAUGACGACAGCUCCGCAUAUGAUAAACCAAUAACUUUUCUGUCCCUGAAGUUGAGACUUGUGAAUAUACUAAUAGGUGCCUUGCAAACGGAAACAGACCCCAACAACACUCAAAUGAUACUAGGGGCAAUGUUAAAUAUUGUUCAAGAUUCUGCACUGUUAGAAGCCAUUGGUUGCCAAAUGGAGAUGGGUGGUGGAGAAAAUAACCUCAAGAGUCAUAGUCGCACUAAUAGUGGUAUUAGUUCAGCAAGUGGUGGAAGCACAGAGCCCACAACGCCUGAUAGUGAAAGACCUGCUCAAGCUCUCCUAAGGGAUUAUGCUCUUAACACAGAUUCAGCUGCUGGGCUCCUGAUUCGCAGCAUUCACCUUGUCACUCAAAGACUCAACUCCCAGUGGCGACAGGACAUGAGCAUAUCACUGGCAGCUCUGGAACUCCUCUCUGGUCUGGCAAAGGUAAAGGUGAUGGUUGACCCAGGAGACCGGAAGCGAGCCAUCAGUUCCGUAUGCAGCUACAUUGUGUACCAGUGUAGUCGGCCAGCUCCUUUUCACUCCCGGGAUCUGCACUCCAUGAUAGUGGCAGCUUUUCAGUGCCUCUGUGUCUGGCUGACAGAGCACCCUGAUAUGCUUGAUGAAAAGGACUGCCUUAAGGAAGUACUGGAGAUUGUGGAACUGGGUAUCUCAGGAAGUAAGUCCAAGAAUAGUGAGCAAGAGGUCAAGUACAAAGGAGAUAAGGAGCCAAACCCUGCGUCUAUGAGGGUAAAGGAUGCUGCUGAAGCCACCCUAACAUGUAUCAUGCAAUUGCUUGGCGCAUUUCCUUCACCCAGUGGUCCUGCCUCUUCUUGUAGUCUGGUGAAUGAGACCACGUUGAUUAAAUACUCCAGAUUGCCAACGAUAAACAAGCAUAGUUUCCGAUACUUUGUCUUGGAUAACAGUGUCAUCCUGGCAAUGCUGGAGCAACCUCUGGGAAAUGAACAGAAUGAUUUUUUCCCUUCUGUCACUGUCCUGGUCCGGGGAAUGUCUGGAAGACUUGCUUGGGCACAACAACUCUGCCUUUUACCCAGAGGAGCAAAAGCAAAUCAGAAGCUCUUUGUGCCUGAACCUCGUCCAGUUCCUAAAAAUGAUGUUGGAUUUAAAUAUACUGUAAAACAUCGACCGUUUCCUGAAGAGGUAGACAAGAUUCCUUUUGUGAAAGCAGAUCUGAGCAUCCCAGAUUUGCAUGAAAUCGUCACUGAAGAACUAGAAGAGAGACAUGAAAAAUUAAGGAAUGGCAUGGCUCAGCAGAUUGCUUAUGAAGUGCGCCUUGAACAACAAAGUGAGGAGGAGUUUCGCAAGAAAAGCUUUCCUGAUCCAAUUACAGAUUGUAAGCCCCCACCUCCUGCCCAAGAGUUCCAGACAGCACGCCUUUUCCUUUCACACUUUGGAUUUUUGUCGUUAGAAGCAUUGAAGGAACCUGCAAAUAGUCGUCUACCUCCUCACCUUAUUGCACUUGACUCCACGAUACCUGGGUUUUUUGAUGACAUUGGGUAUCUGGAUCUCUUGCCAUGUCGUCCCUUCGACACAGUUUUUAUUUUCUAUAUGAAGCCAGGCCAGAAGACAAACCAAGAGAUUUUAAAGAAUGUGGAGUCUUCCAGAACUGUUCAGCCACAUUUCCUAGAAUUUUUACUCUCCCUUGGCUGGUCAGUAGAUGUGGGCAGACACCCUGGUUGGACUGGACAUGUUUCCACGAGUUGGUCUAUUAACAGUUGCAAUGAUAGUGAAGGAUCUGAACAAGAUGAAGUAAUUUCCUCUGAAGAUGUUGGGGCUAGCAUUUUCAAUGGACAGAAGAAGGUGCUGUAUUAUGCCGAUGCCCUUACGGAAAUAGCUUUUGUGGUUCCUUCUCCUGUGGAGUCCUUAACUGAUUCAUUAGAAAGUAACAUCUCGGACCAAGAUAGUGAUUCAAAUAUGGAUCUUAUGCCAGGAAUUCUAAAACAGCCGUCCUUGACACUUGAGCUUUUCCCUAAUCAUACAGACAAUCUUAAUUCCUCGCAGAGGCUCAGUCCCAGUUCCAGAAUGAAGAAGCUGCCUCAGGGUCGCCCUGUGCCUCCUCUAGGACCCGAGACCAGAGUUUCCGUAGUCUGGGUGGAGCGCUAUGAUGAUAUAGAAAACUUUCCCCUCUCAGAUCUGAUGACAGAGAUCAGUACUGGUGUGGAAACUACUGCAAAUAGUAGCACUUCUCUGAGAUCAACCACUCUUGAAAAAGAAGUUCCUGUCAUCUUCAUCCACCCUUUAAACACUGGAUUAUUCCGGAUAAAAAUCCAAGGAGCCACUGGAAAAUUUAACAUGGUCAUCCCUCUUGUGGAUGGGAUGAUAGUCAGCAGGCGAGCUCUCGGGUUCCUGGUGAGGCAGACUGUAAUUAAUAUUUGUAGAAGGAAGAGACUAGAGAGUGACUCCUACAGUCCACCACAUGUGCGCCGGAAACAGAAAAUCACCGACAUUGUCAACAAGUACCGUAACAAGCAGUUGGAGCCAGAGUUUUAUACUUCACUUUUCCAGGAGGUUGGAGUCAAGAACUGCAGCUCUUAGACCACUGCCUGUCCAAGACUAUUUAACUCCAGUUUGGGGGGUAUAAUAUCAAAGCAAAACUAUUUGACAGGUGAUCACUGUAAAAAUAAAAACAAAUCACUUCCUAAGAGCUUAAUGUUUAAUCACCAGAAUAGAAGAAACACCUUACAAACCCAUUUGAUAGAAGACUUUUGGCUUUCUAGUGAAAUGGGCUUCCAGACACAAUCAUGUUCUUGCUGGUAAUGACAAUAUACAUUUUAGCCAUAAACUUUCUUUUAAAAAUGACAGUUUUAGUUAAAUAUAAGCUUUUUCAGGAGAAAGGCUUUUAUGCAUCUCAGUUAAACAUGUGGAUUGGUAGUAUCAACAAGUUUCCAAAUUAGAAGUUGAAGGUAGUUUUAUACCUCGCUUUUUAGGAGGUUGUGUUCAAAAUUAAAAUCUGUCUAGAAUCUUCCAGGACAUUUAAAAACUCAAAAGAUGCUGAUAGCGUAGAGGAGAAGGAAAGAAAUCUCAACCUUCUGCUCACUUGUAGGUCCAUUUUUAAUCCAACUGUCAAACUGACAAAAGAGCAUGAAUGGUUUUUGCUCAGAUAAGAAGUCUGACAUUAAAAUAUUUCAUAUUUUCUCUCCACAUUUCAAAUAAGUUGCCAGUCUCAUCACUGCACAGAGGAUCUGUCUGAAGGCCUCAAUUUCUGGGCAACCAAGGAACAGAUCUAAAAUGGAGGUGCAGCUCUGUGCUUUAAUGGAGACACAGAUGAAGUCUAUAGAGUUAAAAGUUAGAAAACAGCAGUGAUACCUAUGCUCUCUCCAUUGUUGGCCAGCUUGGUGACAUAAUGACAGGUUAAACAUUUGUAAUUCCUUGGUUGAAUAUCAAGAAGUGUAAAUUCACAACAAGGAUUGAAAAUUAUUUGGUUUCAUACACUGUUUCUUAUUUCAGGACCAAGCAAGAAACUGCAGUAGGUUAUGAAGGAUUCUAAUUUGGGGUUUAGGAAGCAGCUUCUCGGCACUAGUAAUUCAGAUCUCUCUCAGCUAUUGGAUUUUAUCAUAAUUGACAAGGAUUAGUGAUCCACCUCCCUGGAUGGGCUGCUAUUAGAAAUGGCCAUUGUCAUGUUUUCUGGACUUUGCCAGCUGAUGGCACAACAAAUCCCUGCCAGGGUUUUGGAAAUACUUCUGUUACCUCGCUGCUACUUUUCUGCCAGGGAUAAGAGUUUUGAGGUGGCCAGACCCAGAACAUCCUUACAAGGUUGCCUGUUACAGUGCUAGAGUAUACACUACUCGUUUCUCCUAUUCUUAUCUGCUUUCUUCUUUCUUAAUUAAGAUUAUUUUGUGUUAAGAAAACAAGUGACAUUUGAAUUCCAAAGAGGAGUGAUCACAGGUGUAUAAGGGGGUUUCACACUUGAACUCUGACGUCAGUAAGUUGUCCCUACCAUGGUCUUGUUAGGUUAUUUCUUUGGCUUUGAUGUUUUAGUAGUUUAAUUGGGGGUGAAGGGGAUAGUGUAGAACCUAGUUCCCUCUGCAGUUAUUUUUAUUCCAGAAGUAUGUAUUUUGCCAUCUAUGAGCAAGAGAUGUGGGCAUAGCAGCUUCUUGGUUUUACGUUUGCCGUACCCUUGUUUUCAGCUCAGGUAAAGCUAACUUCCUCCUAUGACUCCAGUUUCCAUUCAGGGGAUAAUAAUAUUCAAUAAUUGACUUCCUUUUCAAGCUGGGCAAUAAAUUGAUGUUCGCAAAUGGUAGCAUCGAGGAGGGGGGUAUAUAAUAAAGAUUAGCAAGUUCUAUCCUAAAAAUGUUUUAGUAGUUCAGCAGGUAUAAGGUGAGGUUUGACAGCUUUCAAGGAAAUUCCAGAUUGAACAUUUCAAGGGAAAAAUGAGCCCUUGUUCUGCUGAAGUGAACAAAGAGUGCUAAAUUGAUAUGCAACCUAGAACAUUCCAGAGAUUAAAAAGAAUUGAUAUAGAUGUACUUCCUCAGUAUGAUUCUUCAGGUAAAACAUUUACCUUUUACGUAGUUCUGAUGUCAGAAAAAUGUCUAGUGGGGUGUUUGGGGGUUGGUUUGCUGAUCCUUUAAUUACCUCUAGUUUCUGGCAACUUUUUGUAAUUCUGAUGGCUUUAAUAAGUGAACAGCCAUGUUGAAUGCAGUUUGUGAUCUGGAAGACUUUGUGGUCCCUCAGAGGAGGAGAGAUGGGUUCAGUAAUGUGUACCCUUGAAGACGAGACCCCCAAUGUGUACAGCAUGAACAGAGUAUGGGCUAGCAUCCCUCGUCAAGUGUUGGUUUCUUCUGCUCAGAAUAGAAUCUACCAAACAAGGUCCAACUCUUGGACCUUUCACUAGUAUGGGUUUAAUAGUCACUAAGUUCACUCAACUGCCUUUUUUAAAAACCACUUUGAGCAUAAUGAUGCCAGAGGAACAUAUUUAGUUCUUAAUAAUAGCCUUUAUUGGUCCAUCUGAUAAAUUUGUUAGCAUGUGUUCAUAACCUUGGGGAAGCCAGGACCACUUUGGUCUGUGACUUAAACAGUUGAGCUGCUCCUGUGUCUGCACCAGAGGGUGGAUGAGUGGCAUUCUGUGAAGAGGAAAGCGUUACCCAAGAGACAGAUGCAGGAAGCCCCUCAAACUCCCUCCUCAAGUGUUUGGAGGGGGGUUCUCCUUUCUGGUUAGGAGCACGAAGGACAGUGAGAAAGGCUUUUUGCCUCUUUAACCCUUUCCUUGUUUAGCCAGCUCUCCCUUUUGUCCAGUGCUUCCGCCAAAGACCCCCUCCUGUCCGUUGGCCCUUUGAAAGGAAUAGUUAUGUGGUGGGUUGACCUACCUGCUUUCCUGCCUACCGCCCCCGGCCACUCCCCACACACACACAUGCGUUCUGUCCUCCACUUCAGGGUCCUCUAUUUUAGUGCAGCCCGUUCUCCUCUGGACUCAUUUAUAAAUACAAAGUAUUUCCAUCUUUGGCCAGUAACGUCAGUUGCCUAUGGGUGCUGUGUGUGAGGCCUUCACACAGUCACUUCAGCAUACACUGGGGCAGCAUUCAUCAGGCUCUGCGGGACUGAUCUUUAGAGAGGCAGAGGCUUCAGGAGUAUUUAUUUCUAUUGGAAGGUAGAAGCCUUGCAGUGGGAGCCUUGCUCAAAGACGUAUUUUGUGGUAGAUAGUGAAAAAUGUAUUGGAGGUAAUUUGACACUCCUGGCAAUAGUUUUCCAUUCGGCAUUUUAAAGCCCCUUCAGGUUAUACCUUCCUAAAAAGAAUUGAUUUAUAUGCUUACAUGAAAUGACAAAUGAGUUAGGUGGUCUGUUUUAAAGAUUUCCAUCACAGCCUCUUUUCUUGACAUGGGGAGAUUGGAGGUAAUCCAUUCAUACAAUGUGGAAUCAAACUGUGGGUUUCUCAGUAGCUAAAGAAGCCAUGUACUGUAUAGUGUUUUUUCUCAGAAUAUCAACUCAUGUUCUUCAGAUGCUUUUCUUUUUUUAAUGGUGAGGGAAAAGGUGUAAUUUGGGAUUCCACAGUGCCUUGCAUAUAGUAGGCGCCCAAUAAAUAUUUGUUGAAGCAAACCAAGUUUCCCAAGUCCUCAUCUCUUACAGUGACCAAGAACAUCUUUCUCCUCCGAAGGGCUUGGCAGUUGUGGCUAAAAAAAAAUAAACAGUAUCAUUAUUUGCUUGAAAUCAUAUAUACAAUUUGUAUGAAUUUCAGUAUGUUGCCAAGACAUAAUCUUUUUCUUAUUGUAUUUUCUGUAAAUAUUUCUGGCACUGAACUGUAAAGACGAAAUGUAAAUAUGAAGGUGUCCCCGUGUCCCCUCGCCUUUUGUGUUUUAUCUUCGUCAAUUAGGGAAGAAGGCCCAGAGGCUUGUUUGUAUUUAUACCGAUUCUUUGUCCAGAAGAAACCCAUGGAAUAUUGAAUGUAAUACAUUUAGUCAAUUAAAUUUUAGGAGAUUCUUAUCUAAUAACCUCGUGUGUGCUUUUGGUUACAGGCUGUGGGUUUGAAUCCUGCGUGGGUGCUCUUUCCAGGAGGGUGUCUGCUGUCCUUUGGCUCCCCUUCGAAAUGUAGAUCUGUGAGUUCUCACCCUGCUUUUAUAGAGUUUCAUGAGGGCGUGGCAGUCUACUUCCCAAAAAACAGCCACUGAAAACCCUAUGGAGCACAAUUCUACUCUGACACACAUCAGGUCACCCUGAGUUGGAAUUGACUCAUCGACAACACAUAGGAAUC